AUGGCGGGUAGGUACCCAUAUCCCCCUUGUUACGUGAUCCCUAGAUGCCAUGAUCGUGAAUGUUGUGGUCAAAGCAGGUACAGAGUUGACUGGCCCAGUCUAGUCGGUAAGCCAGCUGAAGAAGCUAUGGCUGUUAUCGGUCUCGAUAACCCUAUAGUCACUGUUGUUAUCUUGCCCCAAAGUGCGAACCCGCCUGCUGAUUUUUGCUGCAACCGUGUUUGGCUAAGGGUUGACGACAAUAUCGGCAGUGUUCUUAAUAUGCCUGUGGUGACAUCUUCGUAUGGAAAUAGCUAUCACAAUUCUGAGCAUGUGAAUGAGGGGCAUUUUGCAUUUCAAGCAGUUGAGGCAGGCGAUUACAUGGCUUGCUUUUUUGCGGCCGAUCAUAAUCCUGCAACGACUUUAACCAUCGACUUUGACUGGAAAUCGGGUUUGAUGGAAAUAGAACUGAAGAAAAUGUUCGACACAGUACAAUCCAUUCGCGACGAGAUGUUUUAUCUACGUGAAAGGGAAGAGGAGAUGCAGGAACUAAACCGGUCGACUAACUCCAAAAUGUUUUGGUUCAGUUUUCUUUCUAUUCUUGUUUGCCUUUCGGUUGCUGGGCUUCAGCUAUGGCAUUUGAAGUCUUUUUUCGAGAAGAAGAAGCUUAUUUAG